CUCAAUUUAAAUAUUAUUUCAGAUAAAGACUAGGAUGAUUUUAAUGCUUCAGUAAUAAAUUUACACAACUCAAAGGUGAUUGAUUACUGUCUUGUUUGUGAAGUAAGAAUACCAGCUUUACGAGCAUUUCUCAAGCAUUCUUGGAAAUAUUAUUCAAUGCAACCAUUCUAGAUGACUGCUUACAAACUGAAUUCUAUAAUUAUGCAUAGUAGAGAUUGGAAGAAAUGUAGAUCUCAUACAAAAUCGGUAAAACAGUAGUAGCAUCUAACUUUUCCAUUCCAUAAAGUUUUUGGAAUUUCAUACACUUGGCUAAUAUCUUCUAAGUCAUUAACUCUAUUCUAUGACUUUUGAAAGUUCCAGCAUUAGCAAAUUUAUUAUGCACGGAAACUAUUUUGUCAUAACCAUCAGUUAUUUCAUCAAUCUCAUCGACUAAAAAUAAGGAGAGACUAUAAUUGGUUGGAUAAGCAAGACCAGUGGCUCCUCUCUUAUAAAUGCUAGUAAAUGAUCUUCUGAGAGCAUUUACUUCUUUCUCACUUAAUUAAUAAAUUCCUUAUUUGGGAUCUUCUCCACUAAUAUAAUCCCUAAGCAUUCUUGUAACUCCUGAGUUAAUACUUCCCUAUAGGCCUUUGUAUAAGGUGAGGAAUGAUUAAUUCUCCUGCUUCUGACACUUCUGUAGGCAUUUUUCUUUGCAUGUAUAAAUCAGCUGUGAAAAUAUGACAAACUGAGUUUCUUCCAGAAUUAGUUCCUACUUAAAAAUCUUGAUAUCUUGAUUCAUUGGAGAAGAAGAAAUCAUUUUCAUUGAUUUGGAGAUUCCUUCAAUAUGUUGACUUUUUAUUUUCGAAAAUGCUCUUGAAAUACUUUUGAAUAGGAAAACUUUCCAUUAAUGGUGUCGGAACAUUUAAUGAUAAUGACUGAUUUGAGUCUUUGACCAAUGACACUUUCUUUAUCUUGGAAGUUUCUUUCAGAUUGACUCUAGAGUGUUCUUGAAGAGGGCCC